AUGAACACGGUGGUGGCGAAGGAGUUCACGACGGCGCAUUACAGACCCAAGGUCACCUCUUGGAAGGACCUCGCCGAUGGAGUCGUCAAUUUCGGUGCAAGCAAGAGAGAUGCUCUCCAGUAUUUCAAGAAUUCGAAGAUUCCCGAUUAUCAGAAGAUCGGCGAUUUUCUGGCCUCCCAUCCGGAAUUCUUGACCUCGGGCAGAACUGAAGGAGUACUUCGGGUGCUGGAGAACCCUGGCACGUACGCCUACCUCACGGAGACCGCGGCGGCCGAGUAUAUAGCUGCAACUCAGUGCCAAGAUCUAGUCGUCUUGGGCCCUGAAUUCAAUCGAGAUGCUUACGGUUUCGCUUUGAAAAAGGGUUCGGCGUGGACGGAUAAGCUGAGCAAAGGGAUCCUGCAGCUGCAAGAACAAGGUGCCUUGCAUGCUAUUUACAGGAAAUAUUGGAAGGAUCGCUCCGAGUGCCCUGACACCACCAAGCAGUUCGACCAGCCGCAACUGGACUUACUUCAUCUCGGUGGGAUAUUUGUGGCACUGGGAAUCAGCAUCUUCCUGUCUCUUUUGGUCGCCUUCCUGGAAGUGUUUUUCUACAUCCAGAGUCGAGACCCGACGCAGUCCCUUGGAGAAGCACUUGUUGGAGAAUUCCGGGAAAUCUUCGGUCUCAACAGCUCAAAGUCUUCGGAUCAGGAAACGUUGACAGAAGCUUCCUCUUGCAGUCCAUGA